AUGCAGGUGCAGGAUCACCUGCAGCUGGCCGGCACGAAGGCCAUCGCCAAGGCCCUGGGGGAUGAGCAGAUUCUUUACUCUACGGCCCUGGUCAAGAUCAACGACUACGGCAAGCGCCAGGACCGAGCCAUCUUGGUCACCAACAAGAGUCUCUGCAACCUCAAGGGCAAGGACAUCCGCAGGCGCAUCGAGCUGGAAAAGCUCCAGGCGGUGACCGUCAGCCGCCUCAGUCCCGAGUUCGUGUGCCACGUCAAUGAUUAGUACGACUACCGGUUCUACGCCGCUGACCGCAAAGAGGAGGUCGUCAAGGCCAUCCUCUCCGCAUACGCCGGUCGCAUCGGCAAGGGGCUGACCGUCUUCGCUCGGGACGAGGUCUCGCUCGAGGAGUUCGCGACCACCAAGGCGGACAAGAAGAAGGGGCUGGAGAAGCAGCCCAGCACCGGGGGCUGCGUGGUGCAGGCGGAUGGACUGGAAGGCCUACUGUUCGGAGAAGUCCGGCCAAAGACGAGGACCCUGUACUCGCACGACCGGUCAGAAGUCUGCAUGUAGGACUUCACGCCUCUGAAGAUGCUCGGGAAGGGGGCGUUCGGGACGGUGAUCCUAGUGGAGAAGAAGGACGACAAGAAGCUGUACGCCCUGAAGAGCAUAAACAAGGAGGACAUCAUAAAGAAGAAGCAGCUGGAGCACACCAAGACCGAGAAGAUGAUCCUGGAGCACAUUAACCACCCCUUCCUGGUCAACCUGGCCUACGCCUUCCAGACGCCCUCCAGCCUCCACUUCGUCAUGCAGUUCAUGCGCGGCGGUGAGCUUUUCCAGCACCUCAGCCUCUCCCGCAAGUUCGAGGAGGCCCGAGCCCUUUUUUACGCCGCCGAGAUCGCCCUGGCGCUUGGUCACCUCCACUCCAAAGACAUCCUCUCGGACAUCAAGCUCGAGAACGUCCUGAUGAACGAGGAGGGGCACGUCAGCCUCACCGACUUCGGCAUGGCCAAAAUCGUGAAGGACAACCAGACCGCCAUGACCUUCUGCGGCACGCCCGAAUACAUCGCCCCCGAGGUGCUCACGGGCAAAGGCUACACCAAGGCGGCAGACUGGUGGAGCCUGGGCAUCCUGCUUUACGAAAUGAUCCACGGGCUGCCCCCCUUCUUCCACAAGGUGCAAUCCAGCAUGUACAAACUCAUUGAGGAGGGCGAGCUCAAGUUCAGCGAGAAGGUGCCUUGCUCGCCCGCCACCCGCGACCUCAUCGCCCGGCUGCUGCGCAAGAAGCCUGCAGAGCGACUGGGCUUCGCGAAGGACGUCGAGGAGGUCAAGCCUCCGUUCAGGCCCAAGGUGGAGGGCAGCGCCUGGAUGGAGAACUUCGACAGCAUGUUCACAAAGCAGGCCAUCGAGCUGCAAGAGAAGCCGGUCAAGGACCCGGACAUGCAUUCAUUAACAUGCUGCCGAUGCUGGUCCUGGUCCUGGUCCUGGUCCUGGUCCUGGCGGGUGCCCUCCGAGGAGGAUAAAAUGGCUGCCCUGUUCGAGGUCGCAGAUACGAACGGGGACCAGCUGCUUGACCCGGACGAGCACGACUCCAACUUCGACGGGGCGAUCGACCUCUCCGAGUUCCUGGACCAUUAUGUGGAUGAAUUGUGA